GUGUGAAGCUGCGGCGUGCAGACAGAUCAGGGAGAGAUCAUCUGAGUUUCAUCGUAUAUUGUAAUUCCUGUCGUCACUAUGAAUGCUCUGUCACUUGCACCUUCGUGGUGUCUGCUUGUCUUCUCCCUGCUACCCCCAGCCCAAGCAAGCGAGGGCAGGAAAAAAUUGCAGAUUGGUGUGAAAAAAAGAGUGGAAAACUGCCCCAUGAAAUCUCGGAAAGGAGACACUUUGCAUAUGCAUUAUACAGGGAAGCUUGAAGAUGGCACAGAGUUUGAUAGCAGCAUCCCCGGGAAUCAGCUGUUCACCUUUACACUGGGCACUGGGCAGGUUAUCAAGGGAUGGGACCAGGGGCUUCUUGGAAUUUGUGAAGGAGAGAAGAGGAAGCUGGUAAUUCCUUCUGAACUUGGAUAUGGAGACAGAGGAGCGCCUCCCAAAAUACCAGUUGGAGCUACACUGAUCUUUGAAGUGGAAUUAUUGGAGAUCGACAGACGAUCGGAUUUAUAAAGAUGGGUGGAGGGCCGUCUCAUUCCUUUGUCUGGGGCACAGUAUUUGUGUUGGGGACAGCCUGUCACUGUACUGAACAAACACAGACACAAAAA